AUCAAGUAGUCAAGCACCGUUUUACCAGGCUUGACUAAGACUAACUCAAAACACUAUCCUUGCCUUAGGAUGGUAGAGGUUAGUGAUCGGACAUGAGGCCACAGGUUGGCGUCUCUGUAGUUCUAUCUUUUGUCGAAGUAGUUUUGUACUUAUGCUCCUGACCAGCAGGCUUUCCUGUUUCAUCGUCCGAAAUAAAUCAUAUUAAUUCAUGUUGAGUCAGCAAAAACGAUGACGAGUAGAGCAACAGCCCUUCCGAUUGCAGUGCAGAUGGAAAGUGAUGAUGGUGGUCCUUGUCCGAUCCGACCUGUCUACAAGAAGGAAAAAACGCCAAGUCCCACUUCUGGAGGACUCGUGAAGAUCAUCAAUGAGUACAGAAUAGUCGAAGAUCGGCGGAGAGACGCCGAGGAUGGUGGUCCCAUAGGGCUCUCGUGUAGCAGCGAACUCGGCCGUGGCACGUUUGGCGUCGUAAAACGAGCUGAAAGAUUGACGCGUCCAUUCAGUGUUUCUGGCAAUGGUCCGUCAAAUCUUCUAUCCAGUAGCUCAUCUGGUACAACAAGUGGUCCUAGUCUUAGUUUAAGGGUUUUCGAAUUGCAUUCAUCUGCACUCUCAUUCUUGACUCCCUCGUUUCCCAAUAGAGCAGAAGUCAAGGACGUUCUGAAGAAUGCAAUAAUAGCGCAGCCACUAACUAGUCCUAUAACUUCUCUUGCAGGUAAAAAUAAGGUCGUAGCCACUGGCAAUGGUGUCGCCUCUAGCUCGACGGCGUGUGGAAACACUUCGCCGGGUCCUCCGGUUUAUUCGACUACACCUGCUGGUCCUCCGGUUUGUUCGACUACGUCCCCACCUGGCAUAAUCACGUCUGCUCAGGGUGAUCCUGACAUGGAUCCUGAGUUUGACAUCAAGUUAAGGCUCGACGACUUAAGUCUGCUCUUUUCUGUAGGUUGAGCAUGGGGCCGCUUGACUAUGCUAGUUUAAGCAUAAACAAGAUUAGCGCUGCAAAACCAAAAAUUGUAAUCCUCCUGCUCUAAUGUCAACAGAUGUUGCCAUCAAGGUGUUCCGAGAGACUGUUUUGCGGCGAAAGCGGGAUCGAGUGAUCACAACAGGAAGUGGUCGCAGAGUAAUGCGGACGGCCUUGGACGCCGUCGAAGAGGAGAUUGUGGCUCUGCGCCGCCUUCGGUUAAGGGUCAAACGUAGAAAUACUGUCAGACCACGUCUCUGCGGUCAUCAUGAACGAUGGCAACAGGGACAACUGCAUGCAUUCGCUGUUAUAUUCUUUGCGUGAGCUCCAUCCUGAAGACCCUACAUCUACCCUCCUAACUUAUUUUCCCUACUGCUCCAUCAGUUAGACUCCGGUCAAAGGACUUCUCGUGGUCAACCCUCAUGGUCAUUCUCCAUCACGAUCCUUUACCCUUGCGAGAACAGGGGAAAAGGAAGAAAAAACAAGGGGAAACCACGCCUGGGGCCUUUUUCUUUCCGAAUCAAUGGGCAGUUUUUUUUUCGAAUCCUUCUAAUUUGGAGUCAUCCUAACAUCGUCCGCCUUUUAGACGUCAUGCGUUGUGCGCAAAAGCAAAAGCUCUACCUAGUUCUGGAUUACCACGGUCUAGGCUCAGCGAUGGAGGACGUCGAGGAGGAUGAGGACAGUCCAUCCUACAACAGCUGGUUUAUACCAGCUUUGAAAAAGCGUGGCUUCGGAUCCUACAGCUGCAGAAGUGUUCAAGAUCGAUCACAAGGAGCAGGAAGUGCAAGCGAUCCUCGAUCAGGUAGAGAACGAUCAGGUCAUGCCUCGUCACUUCUCCCGACGCAUCAUUACUACCCAGAAAGGGUCGCCAGGAGGCUGGUUAUAGACCUGUUGCGAGCCUUGAAUUACCUCCACCACGAAAAAAGAAUGGCGCAUCGAGACGUGAAGCCGCAUAAUCUGUUGAUUAACCACGUCACUGGAAAGGGGUACGAAAGAACACUCUUAAACCUGUUCUACCAGUCUACUUCAGAGUCAGUUGAGAAAAACUACUAAAGACGUAUGUAUCAUGAUGAAGAGUUUUCGUACAGUAGAAGACGCAAUAGGUGGAAAGUUGUCAUAUAGUCUAUAAUAUAAGAGUUUAAAUUUAAAAGUCCUUCUUCAUUUCUCCGUUUUGUGCGAUUUUGGUCGGGCCUUGAGCUUGGACUCUAUGUCGAACGGGGACGACCCCUCGAGGCAUCGGAUCCGGGAAACCGAAGGGACGUACCAGUUUUUUUCUCCAGAGAUGACCGACGCUUCCACUUUAAGACUAGAAGUAUUGCAUUUCUUUGUAUCAAGAUUCUUUGAACCUGAAGAUCAAGGAUGCGACCACACCGCUUAAAUACUUCUAAUUUACGAGGAAUUUAGCGCGUCGCAGCAGGACAGUUGGGCAGCAGGUGUGACGUUAUAUUGUCUUCUUUUCGGCAGAAGUCCUUUUUACGCUCCAGCCAUCAUGCCUUUGUUCGAUCGCAUCAAGGCGAUUCAGUACGACAAUGCAAUGCCAGGAGACGAUCGUGACGAUCUCGGAAAAAACAGUCCUGAAACAACUCCUACGACGAGUGGCAGUGGCGGCAAUUCGCCGGAACACGUGGGGACGAGGACCUCGUCGAAUAGAUUGCCGCUUGCAUCGUCGCUUUUUGAUAGAUCGGCGGAGGAACGACCCGUGAGACAUGUUUUUUUUGGCUUCUUAUUUGACUUAGUUUGAUUUGCGUUCUUUUCUUUCAUCAUGUUAUAGUUGAUGGGCAUGGGGGAGAUGAUAUAGACUGGUUGGAUGAUGCGCAAAGGGCUUGGUACAACUAGUUCAUAUCUGACAGUCAGUACAGGUACGCAUAAAAAACAAUUGUCUAGUACAGGUAAGCAUUCCUUUACCCGGUCAUUCUGGAGCUGAAGCUAGGCAGAGGUUUUAUGCUGAGCGGGGUCUGCAAAUCGACGAAGAUGGUGAUCCAAUCAGAUGGGACAAGGCUGAUCUGCGACACUUUCAGCCAAUCAAGCAUUCUAGUCCCUGUGGAAUCUUUCUCCGCCGUUCUUUGCAACGAGAGGCAAUACGGGCAGAUUGCAGAGAACUGUUGGCUAUCCUGGAAAAAGGCGGUGGCGAUGGCAGGAAUGCUGAUGUUGAAGGGACGGUUCUUGAUGAAAAGACAGCAACAGCUUUUGUUCCAACACAUACGGAAGUGCGGGAUUUCUUUGAGUGUUUUGGAGAGUAUGACCCUACUAGUAGUGCCAUAGGUCACGACCGUUCUGCCAAAGCGCGUACUGGUACUUCAUCGCGGAGGUCAAGUGUCUGUUGCUUUGAGCGAUGAGGCUUGUUGCUUCGAUGUUAAGUAGCCAUGUUGGUCGACGCCAUUGACUUGCGUAGUUCGCUCAUUAUGACGCUACUUUGGAGGUUAUCUCUUAUCAUAAAUCAUGCCAGUUCCAUAUCAGCAACAGUUUCAU